GUGUUGCUCUGGGUUACGUCAGGGAAAGAUUGUCCUCGUCCGGCCACCGUCUGAUGUCGUGGCGUGUGCUGACGUGCGCAGACUCCCCUCACACACAGGGUUACAGAUAGCGGUACUUUCCACCUUAUUAGUGUGCAUUUGUUUUCUUUCCCGGUACAUACACAACAGGACAGUGUUCCCUUUGGUGUUUCAAGAUGAGGCGCGCAGGUUUGGGUGACGGAGGCUCUGGGAAUUAUGUAGCAAGCGGAUACAGUGUGUAUGAAGAGGAAAAUGAACACCUACAGGAGGAAAUGAGAGCUAAAGCCAGCGCUCUGAAAAGUCUGUCAAUCGAAAUAGGAACGGAGAUCAAAUACCAGAAUAAAAUGCUGGAUGAUAUGGACACAGACUUUGACUCAACAGGCGGACUGCUUGGCGCCACCAUCGGCAGAGUGAAACAGCUGUCCAGAGGCAGCCAGACCAAACUGUUGUGCUACAUGCUCCUCUUCUGCUUUUUCGUCUUCUUUAUCCUCUACUGGUUCAUCAAGCUGAGGUGAUAGGAGGACGACUCUCUCAAGAUUUGGUCCUUUUUUUUUUUUAUCUUCGCGUCAUCCUCCGCAGUCUGUGCCACAAUAAUCCAUCUCAAAACUAGACUAAGACAGAAGUGUAUUAGUUUCGCAGGUGCCCAUGUGUCUGAGUAUAUCAUAGAAUAAUCCCAAAAUUGAGUCAUGAAAGGACUGCUGAUGAUGCCGUUUGAUGGUAUCCCAAAAAAUAAAAUGGGGACUGUGAUGAUUAAUGACAAUGUGCAGUGGAAAUCACAAAUGUUGAUCUAAAGUGGACACCGCCACUAUAUUUAUGUACUUGGUAUCAGCCCAAACAGAUAACUGUAGAAGAUACUACUGGGUAAUGGAGUCGUGGGCACACUGUAGGAUAAAAAUACAGCCCAAAGUUGUGUCAAAAGUGAUUAACUUAUAGAGCGAUACCCGAGACAAACAGUCUUGUGUAUUUGCUUUGAAGAAUGAAUGGAUGUAUUUGGCAUCCAUGCAAAAAAAAAUAGUGUUAUUAAUUGUUUCACCUUUGUUGUAAAAUGUUUUUUUUUUAUGUAAAUAAACAAAUUUUAUGCUCUG